AUUUCAGAAAGAAGAAAAACAACUGGAACAAACAGUGGAAUCUCUUAUUCAGAGAGUCCAGGACAUAAAGAAUUCCAUUGCAAAUUUUCUUCUGAAACUGGAAAAUGAAUACAACACCUUACAAUGGCCCACAAUGCUUGAUAACUUUGCUCUUCUAUCUGGGCAGCUGAACACCCUUGGAAAACUUCUCAGAAAUGAAAAAGUUCCACCAUUAAGAAAUUCUGUGCUUCUCCCAAUAGCUUUAUCUGGUGACAGAGACCAAGAGUUGGAGAAAGUGACUGAGAGAAGAGUAAUAGCUUUCAAUGCUGAUGUUGUGCCCCAUUAUCUGAGAACCAAACCAGAGCCAGAUGUAGAGGAACGAUUACAACCAGUUUUAAGCCGUGCAUCCACUUUGUCACCUGAAAUGGCCCAGAAACAGAUCAAUAAUAUGAACAAGAUGACCAGUAACAUUGUGGAUAUCAUCAAGUCUCACCAGGAAACCAUGGAAAAGGAAGCCAAUCAGAAAUCCUCUCUCUCCCAGACAUCAUCACAGGCUGAUACAAAUACACUUCUGUCAGCAGUUCUAACAGGGAAAGGGUUCAAGUCAGCUAGUAUGAGGCGAGCAGAGAUGUCACAGCAACAGAGCAUGCAACCUCAGCAACAAGCAGCACAGCAGAAACCACAAGGAAACAACUUAGGAAAAGUUCACAGUUCAAUAAAGACCAACAUUAAGCAGGGCUCAAGUUCUCAUCCCUACCAGAGAAACUAAGACCAAGGACUGUGAAUCUGAUGAAUCAGUGAACAAAUUCUGAUUAUGCUGGUGUUGAUGACUUGUUAAAUUGUUGAACACUGAGAAGGCAAGCAAAGGAAAAUCAUAAGUGAAAUGCAGUAUGAUACUUUGGAAGUGAAAGAUAUAGAAUUUCAAAAAUGAUGAGAAAAAAACAUUACAUAAAUGUAUUUCUUGUUGGUGCUGAAAUAAAAACCUUAAAAACACA